CUCUGACCUAAACUCUCUUUCCCUUAUUGACCUGGGUUUUCAUGGUAGACCUUUCACCUGGAACAAUAAACGUGUUGGCUCCAAAAACAUUCAACAAAGAAUUGAUAGGAGUACUGCAAACUCUCUCUGGUGUUCUUCCUUCCCUCAUGCUAGUGUUCUUCAUCUUCCUGCCUUCUCCUCUGAUCAUUGCCCUCUCUUUCUCAAUACCUCCAUCUCCAUCUCUAAUGGUCCUAAACCUUUUCGUUUUGAAGCUAUGUGGCUUGAAGAUUCCUCUUGUUUUGAUACAGUCUCUACAGCUUGGAAGAUCUCUUGCAGAGGUUCCCCCCACUACCAAAUUCACUCAAAGAUCAAAAAUGAUUUACUUCCUAUUGUGACCAACAAGGC